UUUAGUCAACGGUUGCUCUUUUAGAAAUUAUAUAUACCGCCAUUUCCUCUCAUUAUUCUUCAUCUUCACCAAAAACAAAUUACUCCACACACAUUGAGAUCCUUUAGUUCAAUGGCAGUCAAGGUCUACAUAGUUUACUACUCCACGUACGGGCAUGUCGAGAGACUCGCGGAAGAGAUCAAGAAAGGAGCAGAAUCAGUGGAAGGAGUAGAGGCCAAAUUGUGGCAGGUUGAAGAAACUCUUUCUUCUGAGAUUCUUGCAAAGAUGGGCGCCCCACCAAAGAGUGAUGUCCCAGUGAUCACCCCUGACCACCUUCCCGAAGCCGAUGGCCUCAUUUUUGGCUUCCCAACUCGAUUCGGAAUGAUGGCUGCCCAAUUCAAGGCCUUCUUCGAUGCAACGGGAGGCUUGUGGGGGACUCAGGCGCUGGCCGGGAAGCCUGCAGGGAUCUUUUACAGCACGGGAAGCCAAGGAAGCGGACAAGAAACCACAGCUUUGACAGCUAUUACUCAGCUGACUCAUCAUGGUAUGAUUUUUGUCCCCAUUGGCUACACAUUUGGAGCUGGCAUGUUUGAGAUGGGGCAGGUCAAGGGCGGUAGCCCCUAUGGCGCGGGGACCUUUGCUGGAGACGGCUCCAGACAGCCAUCCGAGAUUGAGAAGGCCCAAGCCUUCCACCAAGGGAAGAUCGUUGCCACUGUCGCGAAGAAGCUUAAACAAUCUGCUUGAUCUCCUCAUCUCAUCAACACUUGUUGUUCUACAUUAUGUUGCUGUUUUGUCACACUAUACUUCAUUUGUUGUUACAUUAUUACUCUUAUGUUUGAAAUCAUCAUCAUAGAUUAAUAAAGUUUGUUUUUUUAA